CCUUCCCGGAGCUCCUCAAACAAAUAGGAGCUCAGGCUCCAAUCCAUUAAUUAAGAAAAAAACAAAAAAAGAAAACUAAAAUGGCGAAAAAGUUUGUCAUUGCCGGCAUCUCCGCCAUCCUCCUCGUCGCCAUCGUAAUCGGAAUCAUCGCCUCCACCACCCGCCCACGAACCUCCAACUCCGGCGCCCAGCUGACAACCAACUCCCGAUCCAUCUCUGCCUUGUGCCACUCAACGGUCUACAAAGACCUCUGCGAGCGCACCCUCCACUCCGGCCGCAUCAACGAAUCCUCCACCUCCGGCGACAUCAUCCGCGCCGCCGUCAAACUCAUCGCAACCGAGGUCCAGUCCGCCAACCAGAAAGCCCACGAACUCCACAGCCAGGCCAAAACCUCCAUCGACAACGACGGCUUCGAGUUCUGCAAGCAACUCCUCGGCGACGCCGGCGAUCAGCUAUCCGCCGUGAUAGCCGAGGCAGACAACGGUCAUCGAAUCGCUGACUUCCAAGCCUGGCUUAGCAUGGUCAUUUCAUACCGUACCAACUGCGUCGCGAGCAUCGAGGCACCGGAACUCAACGAACAGAUGACCGAUGCGCUUCGCAAUACCACGGAGCUGACCGACAAUGCGAUCGCCGUCGUGACAGCUGUCGGGGCACUCGCCCAGCAGCUUAAUGUUAACACGAGUGCGAGCGGGCGUCGGUUGCUGUCGAAUGGUGAGUAUCCGACGUGGAUGGCUGCCGGCGACAGGAAGAUGUUGGGGUCGCGCGUGGUGAGGCCGAGUUUCAGGCCUAAUGCGGUGGUGGCUAAGGAUGGAAGCGGGCAUUUUAAGAGCAUCAAUGAUGCGCUUAAUGCCAUGCCGAAGGUUUAUAGAGGACGGUACGUGAUUUAUGUGAAGGCGGGGGUUUAUUACGAGAAGGUUACUGUUGAGAAGCACAAGCCGAAUGUUCUCAUCUACGGAGAUGGACCAAGGAAGACCAUCGUCACCGGCCGGCUUAACUACGCUGAGGGGGUCGGAACUUACAAGACUUCUACCUUCUCGGUGGAGGCGCCCGGAUUCAUCGCCAGGUCGAUGGGCUUCUCCAACACGGCCGGACCAGAGGGUCAUCAAGCUGUAGCUCUCCGACUAGACGCCGACGCCGCCGUGAUCUACAACUGCAGAAUCGACGGUUUCCAAGACUCCUUCUACUCCCAGACCGGCCGCCACUUCGUCCGCAACUCCGUCAUCUCGGGCACCAUCGACUUCAUCUUCGGUGACUCUCAGAUCGUCAUCCAAAACUCCCUCAUCAUCCUCCGCCACCCCAUGGACCACCAGCAGAACACCGUCACCGCCCACGGUAGAGACACCGACAACGAGCUCACCGGCCUCGUCAUCCAAAACUGCCGCAUCGUGCCUGACCGCCGCCUCUUUCCCGACCGCUUCAUGAUCCGCAGCUUCCUCGGCCGUCCGUGGAAGAGGUUCUCCACGACUGUAGUCAUGGAGUCCACAAUAGGCGAUCUGAUUCGGCCGGAAGGGUGGAUGGCGUGGAAGGGUGACUACGCUCUCGAUACGUUGUAUUAUGCUGAGUACAACAACCGGGGCCCCGGCGCGCCGACUAAUGGAAGGGUGAGGUGGAGGGGAUAUCAUGUUAUCAAGCGGAGGGAGGCUUUGAGGUGGACUGCUGGCGCGUUGCUUGCCGGAAGGAGGUGGAUUCCAUUCUCCGGCGUGCCUCAUGCACUUUGGCUCAUGAGGUCUUGAGCGCGCGCGAAAUAUGGUGAUUAGAUUGAUGAAGAGGAAAUUGUGUGCGUGUGUCGUUUUGAAUGCAGCUCCUUGGGCUGUGGUUGGUCCUUAAGUUUGAUUUAAUUGAUUCAUGCGAUUGCUUCUUAUGUUUUAUUAAAAAUAAUGAGAUGCGGAGGGGAAUUGCUUAACUACGUAUAUGCAGUGGGAUGGAUGUAUGGAAUUUUAUGUUUCGUAGUGUGCGGUUGUUAUUUUGGCUGUACGUAGCGAUAUG